GCUGUGUCCUUCCAUUACACAUCAGGGUUUUUCAGCCCUGGUGGCCCUGGUGUGGUGAGUUUCCAUUUCCAUAUGCCAUGGGGGCCAUGGAGAGAGUGGCAAUCGUGGUCUUUCUUGCAGCACAGACUGCAUCCUUCCGCCCUGCUGUGGACAAUGAGGCGCAGCCAGCACCAGAUGCUCUGAAUGCUUCGGAGGCUUCGGACUGUGACGUUGAGAACCUGGACACCUUCGACCCGGAGACGCUCCGGGAGCAGGGCAUCUUCUGCUCCAUCUGCGGAAAGACGCCGCUGGAAGUGACCGUCGCCCGUGGCUGGAGCGACAGCGUGGAGGCCUUGUUCCAGGCUCCCGAGCUGGCCAACGGCAUGGCCGCUCUCCGGCUGCGGCUGCAGGUGGUGGCGAGGCAUUUGCCCCAUUGGCCCAAGGACAAAGACAAGGUGUCGGAUGAGGAGAGACAUGGGCACCUUGAGAAGCGGAAAGUGGUGACUUCGGUAAAUCCAGAUGGUCUGGAUGUCUUGCGACGUGUGGUGCCACCAGAGUUGCGACCCAAGGAUCAGCAGAUCAUUGGGGAUAUGCCAUACAAUUGGCUCACUUUCUACCAGAUCAAAGUGAUGUGUUUGAAUGCACAGAACAAGAACAGCACAUCCCAACGUGCUAUGGAAGUGCUCUUGGCAUCACAGGGCUUCGACUCAUUUGCACGAAACUUUUCCUUGAAUGUCAUUUUACUUUCCUUGAUCUUCUUCUCUUUUGGUGUGAUGGUCUAUGUCUCCUUCCGUCUGCGGGCCUUUGGCUGGCUGGAGGUUCCAGUCUCCCUGGCCGAAUUGGUGCCAGGUGCCUUUCCACCCGAGCGCUUGGCAGAUGCUGAAUUUGAUCCCAGCCGACAGAAGAAGCAGUUGCCGUACCGAAAAGUCCCGGCGAAUUUCAGCCGAAGUCGACCAGGCUUUUGGGAAGUCAUCAGCCAUGGUUUCCAGGUCCUCUUUGGGAUUUACACCUCUUGGCUACUUCUUUGCAUCCGGAUUCCACCUGAGAAGGAUGCUUUCGAUGAAGAGUACAUGACAGAUGAUGAUGAGGAAUGUCGCUUAAAGGUUAGAGAUGUCUGUGCCAUGAGAGCCAAGAAUGUGGGUUCCAUAGAGGUGAUCGUCAGAGCGUUAUCUCUUUGUGGCUUACACUACUGGCUGAUCUGUGCUGGUCGCUACAGUGAUCUUUUCUUCCUGGAUUUCCUCUACAUUACCUAUGCCUGGUUGGUCUGCACAGUUGCAUCCUCUGUGCCGGAAACUGUCGAGGUGGAUGCGGAAGUCACGGAUUUCUCAAGUGACGACCCAGCCACCACGGUGACGGCGGUCUUCGGGGUCCAACAUGGACCGCGCUGGCUGCGCGCCCAGUGCACCACCCGCAGCACGGCGGCGCCCAACAAGGUGAAGCGACGGCUGCGAAGGCGGCGGGAUCAGAGUUCGGGCAACGAAGGCAGAAAGGAGGGGAAGGAGGGGAAGGAGGGAAGAACUGAGAAGGAAGAUACUAAGGAUCACAAGGAUGACAAGGAUGACAAGGAUGAUAAAGAUGAAAGGGAAAAAGAGGAGAAAGAAGAGAAAGAAGAGAAAGAGGAAAAAGAGGAAAAAGAGGAAAAAGAGGAAAAAGAGGAAAAGGACCAGGACAGAAAAGAGGAAGUAAAAGAAGACACUCUGCCCAAAGGAGCUGAAGCAAGCGAGAAAAUGGCAGAUGGUCCAAUUUUUCAAGGCCCAGAGAAAGAGGAACCCAGGGGUUUAAAUGUUGAAAGUCACAGCUCCCACAGCUUCAGUGAUCGAUUUCAACGUCUUCUUUUGAAUGCCGGAAUUAUGCACAUCAACCAUUCGUCUCUGCUGGAGCUCACCGUGGUGAGUAUGUGUAGCUGCUUCUUGGCGGUGGUUUUCUUGCUGCAUUUGAGAUGGACAGCCACUGGGAGCUUCAAUCGCUUUUAUGACACCGAAGCCUCGAAUCUGAUCCAAACCUAUGGCUUGCCCGAAUCCUUUGACCGUGCCUUGGCCCUUGCGGCUGAGAUGUUGGUCAUGUGGCUCAGCUUUGAACGCUUGUAUGACAUGAGCACCUUGCUGCAUGCCGCCACACUGACCUUCAAACAAAGGAAUGCAGCCUUGCGUUUCCUCCGGGAGCAUCAGCCACCCUGGACUUUCGCAGGUAGAGAUGCCGUGACCUUGCAACAAGCUAAGGACUAUUGUGAAGAGGUGGUCAGAUGUAGUGAGUUCGCCUUGGAAUUGUCAGAUGCUCGGUGGCGGAUCUUACAAAAACCCGUGGAAUUCGUGGUGUCGCUGGUUGAGGCCUUGCUGGUGGCUGCAUUCUUGAUGAUCCUAGUUCCAAUGCUUCUGCCGUUUCUGCCGAACCUUCAGAUUCCCGGGGUUCCCGCUUUGAAGCACGGAUCGAUUUCUGCCUUGGGAUUCUGGGCUUUCUUGGACCCAGUCGUCCCAUUGACCCUUGCCCUUGUCUUGGUUUCUCCCACGGUUCACACGCUACUUCAGGCCCACUUUGCCAACGGUGAAAUCCAACGGCAGCAAAGCAUCCUGAGAAGCCGGGCAGAAUUGGCAUUGUCCAGGAGCCCAUUGAAACAGGAAGAGGAUGUGGAAUACGUUCAGCUUCGAAAUUCCUCACGAAAAGCAUUUGGCAAAGCCCUUCUGAAGUGGAGUCACGACCGAGUACUGGGAGUGGUGGAGCCAAUUAUGGUCCUCUACUCUGCCUUGCCAAACAAGCGAGCCAGCCGUAGCCGCAGUCGCGAGCGGCGACGCAAGCGGCGACAGACACCAUCACCGUCUUCAUCUUUGAGAUCCAGUACCCCAGAGGCCCUGCGUUCCGGCUCGGAAACGUCGGACAAGUCGGAACAGUCGAAGUCCGAGAAGGCCUUUGGUCCACAAAAACCGCAGUCUUAUGGCCCCAUGCCUGGUCCUCCAGAGCCUAGUCCAGAAGAUCGGGGUGGACCUCGCACGAAGCUGGCCCAACCUGGACCGUUCCUCAACACCUGGACAUCUGAUGAGAAGGAAAGGCAGCGACAAGCUCAAGAUCGAGCGAGAUUGCUCUGGUUGGGUGAAAAAGUGCCAGCGGAGGAAAACCCGAAGGGCAAAGGCAAAGGCAAACGCCCCGACAUGGAGAAGGAUCCACCUUUGGCGCCCAAACCUGAUGCGACAAGGCGUCCGGAGGAAGGUUAUCCACCGCAGGCGCGAGAGACGCAGCCGAAAGGCGCCAGCAAGUCCAUUGAUGGUCUGCUUGACGAGAUGGAAGACGAUGAUGGUGGGCCUCUAGUUCCAUGUCCUGACUGUCAUCGCAGCUUCAAAGCAGAGAGCUUGGAGAAGCACAAGAAGAUCUGUAAGCAGGUCUUUCAAAACAAGCGCAAGCAGUUCAACAGCGCAGCCAAUCGUCUGGGGGAGUUUGACAAUGCACAGGAGCUCAUCGCGAACGCCACCAAGAGUGAGAAACAGCGCGAAAAGGAGAACCAUUCAGAGAAGCCCUCGACGAAGAAGGAGAAAGGUUCUGUCCCGAAGUGGAAAGCACAGUCCUUAGCCUUUCGCCAGGCGAUUCUCGCUGCCAAGGGAGCCUCGGGGGAUUCGGAAGCGGCCAAGAAGGCCGCUGAAAUACAAAAGGAGUUGAAUGCUGCCAACUUGGCCUCUGGAGGAAACGUCAUGGAAUCUGACAUGGUGAAAUGUCCCCACUGUGGCCGGACCUUCAACGAGGAGGCAGGGCAGCGUCACAUCGCCAUUUGCCUAAGAACCUUUGGUGGUAAAGGCCGCCCAAAGGCGGGCGCAGCGAAGCGACAUGUCAUGGGAACAAUUUUUUGA